AUGGGUGAGCGAGCCCACUACGGAGCCCAAGUGUGCUCCAGCACCAACCCCAGGAAGUGCCAGGACUUAGGAGACUCAAUUCUUCUGAUUCUGGGCAGCUUCAUCUUGCUCAACGUGGGGAUCAAUGUGGUGACUCUGCUCUGGAGGCAUCUGAAGAGCUCCUUGCGGAUUCUUUUCCAUCAUUUUUUCCCCAAAGACAAGCAACCCAGUGGUGUAGGCAGCCAUCCCAUGUGUAUGCGCUUCUCCACGGAUCCCAAGAACCUGUGCUCAAGAGUCUCUUCUCGCUUCCAUCGUCGCCCAAGCUUCCUGCUCAGGCAUGCUAACCACCUUGACUCCUGGAUACCAGACACGAAUGAUGAGAAGGUUUCUAAAUGCUGCUGGAUGCCACCUAAAUGUGGACAUGCUGGGGCUCCCAUGGAAGCUCCACAAGGACUGUGGAAGGAGAGGAUGAUGGGAGCUGGGGAGGUCCCUCAGGUCACAGCCUUAAAAGGCCAAACUUCCUUGCUCUUCAGGCCAGAGACAUCUUCCCAGUUCCCAAAGAUGAGCAAGUUGGACAUGGUUCCACUCCACUUGCCCCAAGAGAGCAAGACUAAGGCCCCAGACUAUGUCCCAGUCCAGGUCCCUGCCCAGGCCCCAGCUCAGGCUCAGACCCACUCCCCAGCCCACAUACCUGAGCACACUCCCAUCCAGACCCAGACCUAUUCUCCAGCCCACAUCCCUGAAUACACCCACUCCCAGGCGCAGGGCCCUGAGCGUGCUUCAGCCCAUGACUCAGCCCACACCCCACCCUCUAUCCCAGUCCACUCCUCAGCCAAUACCCCAACCCAGACCCUGGCCCAUACCUCAGCCCACAUCCAAGCCCAAGCCCCAACCCAGGCCCAGAUCCACUCUCAGACCCACAUCCCUGAGCAUACACCCUCCCAGGCCCACAGCCCUGACUAUACUUCAGUCACUGCCCCAGCCCUUUCUCCAGCCCACACCUCUGCACAUGCCUCCACCCACUCGCAGGCCCAGGCCCAGGCCCCUGACAACACAGCAGCCCAUGCCCCAGCAUAUGCCCCAGACCAUUCUCAUCUAAUCCAUACCCCUGCCCAUACCCCAGCUCCUGUUCCAACCUCUGCCCCAGCCGCUACUCCUGCCCUUACUCCUACAUCAGCCCCUGCUCCAGCCUCUGCCCCAAAUCUUGCCCCAAUACAGGUCAUGGGUGUGACUACCACUCAAGCCCAGGCUCCUGUCCCUGCCACAACCCCUACCCCUAUCCUAACUCCUAUUGCCUCUACCCCCUCUGCCUUUAGCCAUGUCCACACCACUGGCCAUGUGGUCUAUGAUGCCCACAGGGCAAAGCAGAACUUAUUCAAUAUGUGCACCACCCAGAACUCUGGGUAUUCCAGAAAGGACUUGAAUGUCCUCUCCAGGCUCCAAGACGGUCAGAGCAUGGUGAGCUCUGGUAUGUCUGAACAAACAUCAAAGCAACACAGUGGAGAUAGUGCCAAGCCUCCUGCAGGAUCCAUACUGGGCUACCUGGAGCUAGGGAAUAUGGAAUGGAAGCUCUCAGAUGACGCCAAAGACAAGCCCAAGACCUUCCCUUACUGCAGUUUCCAUCCUUGCAGUUCUGAGAGGAAGAAUACAAACUCCCAAUCUCCAGUCUACCCCAAGAUCCUAGUCUACUCCCAGGAUGAUGCAUCUUCUAAACCUUGUUUUCAUUCUCCAACCAUUGCCCGGAACUCACUAUGUACCCUUCCUCCACCAUGCACUCUUUCCCUGCCACUUGUUCCCCCUAGAUCAUUUAACAUUCCUCAACCCACCAACCAUCAGAAGCCCUCCACUUUACCACAAACACCCACCUUUCUCCCAACCUCCAAGUCUCCUCAGUCUAUCCCUCCUUCCCAACUCUCUCCCCAGUUCUCCACUGUUACCCAAACAUGUAUCCAACCCCAGUGCUCUAAAAUUUAUGAGAGUCUAGGCCUUACCCAAGACCCUGGCCUUCAAAGGACCCCAUGCCCUUCAAAAGACCCUGGAGUUCCCAGGAACCCAGGCCUUACUCUAGAUCCAGGCCUCCACAAAAACACAGGCCUUACUCAAGAUCCAGACCUCCACAAGAACCCAGGUCUUACUCAAGAUCCAGGCCUACAAAAGUUUUCACACCUUACCCAAGAACCUUAUCUCUGCAAGAAUACAAGCCCUUCCCAAGAUUCUGGCCUUCACAAGAAUCCAGGUAUCACCCAAGAUUCUGGCCCCCCAAAGAACCAAAAUCCUACUCAAGAUGCUGGUGUUUUUAGAAGGCCAUGUCUCACCCAACCCUCUGGCCUCCACAAGAAUAUACCAUUUAUUCAAACUUCCCAGAGGAGUUCAGGCUUUAUGCAAGACUCUGGAGUCUGUAAGAAUCUUGAACAAAAACAAGAGACUACAGUCUACAGAAGCCAAAAUCUCUUCCAGGCACCUAACCACCAAAAGAACCCAGGCCCUUAUCAAGAUUCUGGAGGUUGUAAGAGUAUAGGCAAUGUCCAAGAUCCAGGAGUCUAUAAGAUCCUAGGCAUUACCCAAGAUUCUGGACCCCAAAAUAGCUCAUGCCUUGCCCAAGACUCUGAAGUCAACAAGAGCUCAGGACUUACUCAGGAAUCUUCUCUCCACAAGAGCCCAGGCCUUGUUCAAACCUCUGACCCUCCAAAGUGCUCAGGCCUUACCCAAGACUCAGGAGACUAUAACAAUGCAGGCCAUGCCCAGAAUUGUGGUGUUUACAGAAUCCCAGGUCUUAAUCAAGAUUCCAAACUCCACAAGAGUUCAGGCCUUACCCAGGCCACUGAAGUUGAAAGAAGAUUUAGCCCUCCGCAAGAUGCUGGAGUUUACAGGAGUCCAGCAUAUAGCCAAGACCCAAACCUCCAUACAUACCCAGGAGUUAAUCAAGACCCUGGCCCUCAUAAGGACCCAGCUGUUGUCCAAGACUCUGGCCACUCCAAGAUUUCAGGCCAUACUCAGGUAUUUGGUCUCCCCAAAAGCCCAAACCUUGUUUCAGCUACUAACUCUGUCCAAGUCUUGUGCCCGCUUCAAACAACAAAAUCAACACGAUCUCAAGUAAAGUUUGCAUCUGAGACAUCUCCUCAGAAAGAGGAUACAAAGCAGCACAUACCCCAGGCUUCUGCACCACACAAUCAGAACUCUUGCUCGUACAAGGCCCAGGUGAUAUCCAAUGAUCUGCAAACCUCAGCAGUACCUGUACUAAUAGAGCUGCAGCCAUCCUCCCGGCGGACAGGCAGCCAAGAAUGGAUAUACCGCCCUGUGGAUGCACUUACUUCAGGCUGCCAGAACUAUCGUCAGAUAUCUAUGCCUCCCAAAAUCAAUGGGAAGUACCACUACCCUGGACCAGGCACCCGGGGGGGCCAUGUGGUCUUUGAUGCCCGCCAGAGACAGUUGGCAGUGGGCAGGGACAAGUGUGAAGCUCUGUCUCCCAGGCGCUUUCGCCAAGAGGCACCCUGCAACUCAGGGAAACCAUCAAAGAGUGGGGAUAUCAGAACGGGAUGA